UCAGGAUGCUCUGCUGGAAAGUGGGGUGUUGGCUGUAUCCGUUCAUGCAGUGAUCAUUGUGUUGACCCUUCCAAAUGUGAUCGAAUUAUUGGAGUUUGUGAUGAAGGAUGUAAAUCUGGAUAUGUCAAUCAGAACUGUGAUAAAGGUAACAUAAUUUUGUGUAUCAUAUACAUGAAAUAACAAACAAGUCAAACAGAUAAAGAUCUGUCAUGAAAUUAUGAUGAAGUGAUUUUGGAAUUAGCUUAGAUUUCUAGCUUUAAAAAACAAAUUAGUGCAUUGAUUAACAGUUUUCUGAUCACAGUGUGCAAUUAUAUUUCAAGUUGGCAUUGUGGAGAGGAAAAUCCAGACAUAUUUAAGUGACAUAACCGAUUUUUUACUAGCAUAACUAUGUCUGAAAUAAUAAAGUAACUUAAGUUGAUACGUCUUUUUAUAAAUAGUUGAAGUAUAUACAUUGUUUUUACAGUUGUGAGCCAAAAGGUUUUUUUAAUUAAAAAAUUUGGAAAAAAUUAUAAUGAUUAAAAACUGAAAAUUAAUCUUUAAAAUUGUUAUUUUACUAUCAUUAUAUUGGUAUCUAAAAGUUCUAUAAUUUACAGCAUGUGAUGGCGGUCGUUUUGGCACCAACUGCUCUCAAAAUUGUUCAAUCAAUUGUGCCCACAACAAAUGUAACGUAACUGAUGGACAUUGUUUUAAUUGUAAACCUGGAUACACGGGAACAUUUUGCCAACAAAGUAAUUAUGUCCGCUAUUACUGCAUUGCUGAUUGAAUUUUUUCAAUUUAAUGUAUUUUUUUUUUUUUGUAAUAAUGUGUGUAUUGGAUUCUAAGCGAUGUUGAAAUAAAAAAGUUAAAAUAAAAUAUUAACAUUCCAAAAAAGUAAUCGAAUUUCUUUAAGCCGAAAUUGAACUUUAUAUGUCUAGGGUUUUUCAUUUCAAAUUAUGUUUGCUUUGGUAAUUUAAUUUCAUUAUUUUACGAUUUUUCAAAUGUAAAAUCUAUCAUAAAAAUAAAGUAAUGCAUAUCAUUUUCAUUUUUUUUAUAAAGCUAAAAACAAGUAAAGAAAUACGAAGUAUAUUGCAACAGUAAUUUAUAAAUAGUAUAUGUAUUGAACCAUAUGACACGUGUACUGUUUUAAAAUAUGUUCAAAAUAUAAGUAAUAGCAUUUUUUACGAUAAAUUAUAAAUUUGUAGCUGUCAUAUUUCAGAGUGUCCGCAAAACACAUACGGGCAAAACUGUUUACUAAAUUGUAGCGAAGAUUGCAUUGAGCGCAAGUGUGACCACGCGACCGGAAAUUGUGAUGAAUGCCCGCUUGGUACAACUGGACUGAAUUGUGAAAAGGGUAAACAAUUUAUUUGCAUUUCCAUGUGAUCAGCUCGAAAUAUUACUCGUGAUAAUAAUAAACCUUGUCUUUUGUCCUAAAUUAAAAUAUAGCAAUUCAAUAUUUUUUUUUAAUCAGUUAAAAUAGUUAAUACUUUAAACGUUUUUUUCUUUUAAAACAAAUCAUUUCUGAGCAGCAUGCAGUGAUGGACGUUAUGGACCGAUGUGCUCCAGACUCUGUUCAAAUGCGUGCAGAGACCAAAAAUGUAACCCAAGUCAUGGAACAUGUUACAGUUGUUAUCCUGGUUAUGGAGGUGAUUCAUGCCAAGAAGGUUAG